AUGCAUCUGUUUUUCACCUGUGUCCUAUCCUUCUCCCUGCUGAUGGCCUCCUCCCUGGUAAGUGCAAGUGUGUCGAACAGCUUCAAAGACUGCCGACAUUUUUUCUACAUGCAGACACCACCUACAGGGAUGAAGGGAACAAACCUGAGGAGGGUCUGCCAGAAGUAUGCAGACAAACUGCGCUACGCCACGCUGUAUGACAGCAGUCACCGCCUCCCACUCUAUUCAGCCUACGUCUUUAAGAAGUCUGAUGGGAAGAGGAGGAUGGACACACCAUGGAUGUAUGAACCACAGUUGCUUUCUGAUGAUGAAAGUGGCAACAUGAGGGCACUUCCCCUGACUGAAGACACUCCCCCUCUGAUUGAGGACAGCCAGGCCGUGCUGGAGGACUACACAGAUGCUGUAGAAUACAGACGUGGUCCGCUAAAUCCUGAUUUGCACCAAUCAGAUCCAGCUGACAAAUCCUCCACAUAUACUCUGACAAAUGUAGUCCCAUUAUUCACAAACUUCCUGGACACUUCCUGGAACCCGUACUUGGACAACAUCCGUCGCCGCCUCAACAACUUCUGCCAUGGGAUGUCUUUCAUGGUGACGGGGGUGACCAUUUCUGGGGCGACUAUUCAGCGAGAUAACAGAGACCGUCUGGCAAUCCCAAAACACUUAUGGCUGGCUUACUGCUGCCCACAGUUUGACCGUAACUCUCCGUAUGAGGUGAGGUUCAUGUUCCCUAGUUAUGGGGGCUAUGCACUGAAUGAACAGACUGACCACAGUGUGGUGGAAGUCCCUGUGAAGACUCUGGAGAGCUUCCUGAAGAGCCAGUCAGACAUAGACAGUGACCUGGCUAUCUUCUACAAGGGCUGUGUGUCUGAAAACACCUUCAGGAAGAAGAGAGACUUGACCAGUGUUUCAGUUUGA